GCACAAAUACGGAGAGACGAGAGGGGUAAUUGUUGAAAUCGGUAACUAUAGGAGCGGGUCGCCGCAAUGCGCACGGCAGCCCUCUUCCUCGGGAAGAUUUCAAAUCCCCGCGGCCUCUUCCAUCUUCUGCUCGGCACGGCACUCCGGCUGCCCGAAAAAUUUCGCACAUCCCAGAUUCCCGCCCGCUCUGGUUCGCGCCCUCGUCUGGUUCCCUUGCCAACCCGGUCAUUCAACGUCGCAGCCACCCCGCGCGGCUAGGGCUGGGACUCGAGGCCUAGGGUUUGGCUGUAAGUUUGGUAACACGAUGGCGGGGGCCGCGGGGGAGAGCAGCGGCGAGCGGCAGGGGACGGUGGAGCGGCGGAUGCUGCGGUCGCGGUACCACGCCGUGAAGAACAUCAUCAGCGAUGAGCGGGAUGAGAUGUCGAGGGCGGAUUCGGACAGGUUCACAGCCAUCAUCCAGCAGGUGGAUUGCCUACACGAGCUCGUGCAGAGGCCUAGGGAGCAAAUAGCGGAUGCAGAAGCUCUGCUUGGCAUUACAAACACUUUGGUAACUUCGGUGAGGUCCCACUCAAGUGAAGGAAUCAGCCCUUCUGAUUUCAUAACAGCUUUACUCAAGAAGUUUGGGCAGCAAGGGAAUCAUGAUGAUGAGUCUGUCUCAUUACGAUGGGGUGAUCUUGGGCUUUCUGUUUCACAUAUCUUCAGGCCUGUGCCUGGAUGCUGUACCAUGCUUGGUCCUAUGAAUACUGAAGUAAAGCAACGGAAAGUUGUAGCUGUUGGUAGGAAACGGACUGCACGGCCAACAGAAAAUACCUGUCCUGAAGAGCUUGCUGAGUCUUCAGAGGAAGUAAAGACAGACACUGACAGGAAUGUCUUAGUUAUGUUUGAUAUCCUCAGGCGAAAGAAGAGCGCAAAAUUGGAAAACCUUGUGUUGAAUAGGCUUUCCUUUGCCCAAACAGUUGAAAAUGUUUUUGCACUAUCUUUCUUAGUGAAAGAUGGUAGGGUGGAAAUAACUGUAGAUGAUAGCGGGCAUAUAGUACGGCCAAGGAAUGCACCUGCUGCUAGCGCUAUAGCCUCAGGAGAAGUCUCAUACAGUCAUUUUGUUUUUAGAUUUGACUUCAAGGACUGGAAGCUUAUGAAAGAAGUUGUUACAGAGGGAGAAGAGCUGUUGCCACACAGGACUUCCCAGAGCAAUCUUUGCAACGAAGAAAACGACCAACCAAAUCUGGAGGCACGUGCGCAAAUAACGCCCAUCAGGAAACUCACCCGGAACCGAGGAUUGGUCUUGCAGGAUCAUGUAGUCGAGGAAACUCCUGAAGAGAACCAAGCGUCUAAGCGCAGGCGCCUUUUCAGGAAUCAAGAUUGACCUAGCAAUUGCUUGGCAUGAGUAGUGUAGGCAGGCAACCUGGCUUGUGUUGUAUGCAAAAAAUUGCCUGAGCCUGAGUAACGUGUCUUUCACUAGGUCUGUUGUGCCAUGCUGUCUUGUUCUUGGCACAGCUCGUGCUUAUCUGAACUUCCAGUUGUGCCAGCGGAGUAGAGCUGUAAUUAUAAAUUGUUUGAAGUUCUGGUCACAUCUUGC